CAAGCGUAAAAAUAACGAACAAGAAAUUCUGUGGAGUUUCCCCUUGUUAGUGAAUUGGCUAGCCGUUCGCUCAAUGGCUUUUGUUCAACGGCUGAAGUUUAUUCUUUUGUUGUUUUGUGUCGGCCAAACGAACUGCGUGCCCCGGGUGUUCCUGCACCUUUAACUAAGAGAGGAAAGCCAGUUGUGGGCGAUUGCUGGACAUUUCACACCUUGGGGCUACACAGACACAGAGAGAGACAUGCAGCUCCAGAAAACAGCCCCGCCGAUCUGAUUGCACAGCCAAGCCCCCCUUCUCCCAGAGGUCCCUCUCACUCACUUCAAACUGCAGCUGGCAAACAGUGCGUUCGAUUCCCAGCCCCUCCGGUUUCAGUGGAACGGGGAAAGGGGGGGGGGCAAGGACAGUGGAAGAGGGGGGAGAAAUUAAUGCAAAAGCUCCAGAUUACCAGAAACAGUCAGUUUCAGAGCGGCUCUCCGGCGCUAGGCAUGGCCAAGUGGCUGAGGGAUUAUUUGAGUUUCGGGAGCCGCCGUCUCCCUCCCCAGCCUCCCAAACCCGACUACACUGAGAGUGAGAUCCUGAAAGCCUACCGAGCCCAGAGGAACCUGGACUUCGAGGAUCCGUACGAGGAGAGUGAGAGCAGAGGCCGGGCUCCAGACGCUGAACACUCACUGGGAGUCUCUCCCCAGCACCAGAAACCUGCUAGCCCCGAUAUCAAGUAUGUUUCCCCCAAACACCGCCUUAUUAAAGUGGACAGCACUGAGCUGGGUAACAGGGCAAAGAUACUGAGCACAGAGGAGCCGAAGGGCAAGUCUGAGACUACUCUGGCUGAUGACGAUUAUUCCGACCCAUUUGAUAUCCGACAUGAAUCCAGAGGAGAGAUGAAUGAUAAAGAAGAAAUUGAGAACAAUGGCUACAUGGAGCCAUACGAAGCACAGAGAGUUAUAGCAGAGUUCCAGAGAAAAGGAGACAAGAAACGUGGAAAAGGUCUCCAGCUCUAUGACACACCCUAUGAGCCCCAGGAAAAUGACGCCGAGUCAGACACGGAGAACGCAGCCGGUCAGAAGAUUCGGGAGAGCCGGCUUCCUCAAGAUGAUGAACGACCUGCCGAUGAGUACGAUCAGCCCUGGGAGUGGAAAAAGGACCACAUCUCGAAAGCUUUUGCAGUAGAGAUUAAGGAAAUUAAAGAGCUCCCUUGGCCCCCUCCUGUGGGACAGCUAGACGAUGACUCAGUGAGCGAUGAAGUCCAGUUUGAUAGCUGUGAUUGGGACCGCUCAUCUCCUUCUGCCAAGGACCGAUUGAGACAACAGAAACAGCUCAGCCCGUUGGCUGCAGGCUCAAAAUACAGCAAGCCACAGACUCCAGAACACAGCUCGACAAUGCCUGAGAGGGUGGACCCUACCCUCCCAUUAGAGAAACAAGUGUGGUACCAUGGAGCCAUCAGCCGAGCAGAUGCUGAGAAUUUGCUCAUGUUGUGUAAGGAGUGCAGUUACCUAGUGAGAAACAGUGAGACCAGCCGGAAUGACUACUCCCUAUCAUUAAGAAGCAGCCAAGGAUACAUGCAUAUGAAAUUCAGCAAAACAAAAGACUGCAAGUACAUUCUCGGCCAGAACAGCCCACCAUUUGACAGUAUUCCAGAGGUCAUAAACCACUACACGAGCCACAAGCUGCCAAUUAAAGGGGCUGAACAUCUCUCCUUGCAGUUUCCUGUGAUGGUACAAACACUGUGACUGGACCACAGGCAAGCUGCCUGAAGCAUGGCAGUGAAAUGGAAAACAAAUCUGUGUGGGGAUAACGAAGAAGGCUAAUCUUAAUGGAAUGUCAACAAGCAUUUCAGUUAACCUGGCUUACGAUACUGAAUUGAAUACAGCGCAGAGCUCCAAGUCUGGCUGUGAUGUAAUUACAGGCCAGAGCUGUUGGCAAACACAUUUCCUGGGACUCUGUUUCAAACAUUGUGGUGAAUUGGAUCAUGAAUGUCACUGAACUCACAUGUGUAAGGCUGUGGUCACUCAUUUAACUUGGGGAAUAUGUGGAAUUAAUCUUAUUUUUCCAGUGGGUCUGCCACCCCUCUCCUCCUCAAUACAACACAACAAGCCCCUGCCAUUCUCUAUACAUCACCCAAGUGGGCAUGUGUGCCAGCCUCAUUGCUGCAUUUAGGCUGCUUGUUUCUUCAUGAGGACAUCAUCAGCAUAGCUUCAUCUGACAUCUUGCGUUCACGCAGAAAGGGGUGAGAGUUGCUGGUUAGUGACCUGGAGAGGCAUAUCCAUGAUUGGAGCAGCCCCUGCCAUCUCCUGGCACAAGGGACAUUGAAGUCAAGUGCUAUGCCCUACCCUGUUGAGCUUGCCUUUCUUAGCACCAACCAGGGAUCGAACUUGGGAUAUUUCUGGUCUUUGUGACUCAAUACCACACUGUACAGUUCUCCAGUCAAAUGAAAUAUU